AUGGACGAUUUUAUGGAUAUUUUUCCUCUGUUGAUUCAUGCUGAAAUCAAUUGUGCUCUUUUUUUAUAUUUAUCUGCACAAAAGAGCAGAAGAUAUGAACUAGCAUCAAGCUGCGAGUGGUUGCAGAAAACAAAAAUAAAACUUUCGUUGCUUUUAAAUAAAAAAUUAUUAUCACAGAUUCUGUUUUUUUUUCUGUGA